AUGUUACGAGUUCAGGCUUGGUUUCUUUUCGACGUAGCGACAAUGACUUAGAUCUAUGUGUACCGAAAACCAUAUAUUACUUUUCUAAAGGCGCUAACGUGAUAAUUCGUAACAGAAGAAUGUGAAACAAGAAGUUAAUGCAUAUUCCAGUGCUACGUGUGGUGUUAGACCGCCAUUAGACAUAACACCUCCAUGCAGCUAUGUGAGAUGUUAUGCUUCUGGUGAUAGGACAAGACUAGACCUGUGAAUGGCGUCAAGAGAUAAGUGAGGGUUAGAUUUCCCUAAUAAUCUUGCCACCAUCCGUCCGUUCCUGUCUGUCAUUGCAAUAAGAAGCUUAGCGGUGAAAACAUCUCUUGGGAGCAUAAGUGCUCUAUGUGAAGGUUACACAACAGGGUAUCAGCUGUAAAGUUGGAGCACAGAUCGCUGUCUCCUAAGAUGUGACUCAGACUAGUCUGGGAGAUGUUUAUUGACAUUUCGGAGGAACGUGCUGUCACCCUGAAGAUGGAGACAGUACCCUGCUCAAAAACGUUGAUACAUAUAUACCAGGGUGUUCGAAGAUACAUCCCAGAAGACAGCCAUGUUCACACCCACCUCCAUGAGGUCUGCAGAUCUCAUAAACUUUUGAGUGUAGGUAAAAGGAUCAAUACAGAUGUGUUACGUGAUUGUGACUGCACGCAGCUUGCUGUGGACACUCCUCACAGUUGUGGCCACAGUGGCAGUUCUGUCAGCCAUACUGACUCCAAAGUGGCUCAUUGGACCACCUAGGCUUAAACCUUCAGAUAACUCAACCAUGAUGUAUUCCCCAUCAGUAGGGCUUUACAACCGCUGCACAAGAUCACAUGGAAGACAACACUGUGGGCCAUUUUCUCUUCAUGGUCUAGCCACAGACUCAGAAGUUUUCCCUGGUUGGUGGAAGGCAGCACUUGUACUACUGUGUAUAGGGUUAUCAAUCAUGGCUGCAACAGUGCUAAGCUCAGUGCUGAGUUGUUGUGUGCAAAGCAUCUUUAGGAAGAGCAUCUUUACAGUGUCUGGAGCUGCACAGACCAUAGCAGGUAUAUUCUACAUCCUUGGGCUGGUCGUGUAUCCAGCUGGCUGGGGAGCCCACCGGGUGCAGAAGCUGUGUGGGCAUGAUGCUGCACCCUUCUUCCCAGCUGAAUGCCAUCUUGGCUGGGCUUUCUACAGCGCAGUAGCUGGAGUAGGCCUCACAUUUGUGUGUGCAGUGCUGUCAGUUCAGGCAGAGGUGGCUACAUCUAGUGACAAGGUCCAAUACCAGAUUCAUCAAGGACGGACAUUAAUCUGUCUGCCAUGAAUUACUGUACACAGCAAAUGAUGAGACAGUGGUUAUUAGAUGGCAAUGGAACAACUUCAAGCAAAUGUAUACCAGCAGAAGCCGCCAAUGUUGCCAAUUGAUCUAUAU